AUGCGCUCCGCUCAUGGCCAUGUCUUUGAGAAGUACUGCGGCCAUGAGGUGCAUUGGGCGGAGCCGCCGGUGACUGACUACGAGCUGCUGCUAGUGCAGGUGCCGAACGCGGCCGGCCGCGUGAAUGAGGUGGUGCACCGCCACGGGGCGCGGAACCUCUGGGCGCCCCUGGGCUGCUGGGCGCCGGCGCCCAAGGCGGCGCCGGCGGCGCCGGAGCUGCAGUGCCGGCUGCCCUUCGGCGUCAGCGCUGGCCACGGCAGGCAUCGCCUCACCAAGCGCUACUUGACGCCUGGGCACUGCGGCUUUGGCUCGUUGCUCGGGGAGGCAGAAGUUCAGUUCCGCAACCUGGCCGGCUCGCUGAAUGCCAGCUACGGGCAGGUGCCCUGGUGGAAGACGCUGGACGUGCGUGAUGCCAGCGUGCGCCUCUACUCCUGCGACAAUGAGCGCAACUUGGGCAGCCUGGACCUGCUGAUGGCGAAGCUUUUUCCAAGCAACUACGAGGCUUCCGUGGACACCCUGCCGCCAGAGGAGGACCCCUUCCAGCUCCCAGGCUUCUUCGGGGUUUCUCCCUGUGAUGGGUCACCGUUGCCAGCUUUGCAGGAGAUCGAGGAUGACAAAGACUUCAGAGCUUUUGCCGAGCGCUGGCUCCGACGUGCCAACGUCACGUGGAAUCACAUGCUGUACGACUGCAUCCUCACGGCUCGUUGCGCAGGCGCAUCACUGCCCCCAGCCAUUGAAGAGGUUGCUGACGAGGCCCUGCUUUGGGGCUAUCGCCAGCAGCUGGCCGCCGUGUAUGGCAGCAACUGGACCACCUGGGCGGUACAGCCUGCGCUGCACGCGAUCGCGCUGGAGAUGCAGACGGCUGCCCAGGUGGAAGUUCCCAGGCUAGCGGUGUGGUCCACUCAUGACAGUACCAUGAUUUACCUCUUGAAGGCACUUCAGGCAUGGGACGGCGUUUGGCCAGGCUACGCCAGUGCCGUGGUGCUGGAGCUGUACAGGGGCCCGGAGGGCCCACUGGUGCGCCUUCUGCGGGACGGCCGGCCAGUCACCAUGGGAGCCUGCGAGGUGCUUUGCCCCCUGGCGCGCUUCCUGCGCGUGGUGGCGGACGCCGCUGCCCCGUGCACCUUUCAAGCGGCGCCCAUCGAGGGCGCCAGCGGCCACAAGGCCACCACGGCCACCAUGGCGGCCUACCUCCUCGCGGCCUUCACCCUUGGCCUCUCCAUCACGGCAGGCUGGGCUCGGCGCCGCCCCGGCACCUUGCAGCAGCAGCUGCUGUAG